GGCCACCCACCGCCGCCGCUGCCGCCGCCACCACCGCCAGCUUCGCGAGAAGCUUCUCCUCCCCUGCCGUGUCCUGCCGGGCUUCGAGAGAGGAGAAAAAGGAAACCCCAGAAGCUGGCGAGACCGACCUCAACCCGUCCACCCAGCUCAUGACGUGUUGAGAGGGAAGCGUAUUGACUCCCGAGCAGAGGAGAGGAGAGGAGAGCACCGAUCGAUUCGAUAGGAAUCGAUCCCCUGCGCGGCGGCCAUUUUCGUCGUCUUCGCCUCCCUCGCUUCCUCCGCCAUUGUGGCGGUGAGGGUGCUGCGAGGCGCGGAGGCGGUGUGCUCGCCGGUGCUGGGGAUGAUGCCCAAGCUGCUGCUGCAGCAGCUGCAGGCGGCGGCGGACAGGAGGUACGGCUCCGGGCGGCGAUACCCGCUCCCCCUCCGCCACCCGUCCCUCGUCCACGGGAGAUUCACCGCCUUCUUCAUCGCCUGCCUGCUCGCUGUCGCCGCCGUCACCACCACCUUCGCCUUCGCCCUCGCCCUCACCCUCCACCGCCCCGACCAGGCCGCCGCCGCCUACGCCGCCUCGCCACGCGGCGGCGGCGGGGGCUACGCCGUGGUGAUCAACACGUGGAAGCGCUACGACCUGCUUAAGAGAUCCGUCGCGCACUACUCCGGCUGCGCCGGCGUCGACGCCGUCCACGUCGUCUGGAGCGAGCCGCAGGAGCCAACCGAGGAGCUGCUCGGGAGCAUCCUCAACUGCAGCCGCCGCGGGCAAGGAGGAGGCGCCGCGGAGGUGCGGUUCGUGAUCAACAACGAGGACAGCCUCAACAACAGGUUCAGGCCCAUCGAGGGGCUCACCGCGGACGCCGUCUUCUCCGUCGACGACGACCUCAUCGUCCCGUGCUCCACGCUGUGGUUCGCCUUCGGCGUGUGGCAGGGCGCGCCCUCAGCAAUGGUGGGCUUCGUGCCCCGGAUGCAUUGGCUUGCUGACCCGGGGAGUAAUACAAAGGAAUACAGAUAUGGGAGCUGGUGGUCAGUUUGGUGGACAGGGACCUACAGCAUGGUUCUUUCCAAAGCAAGUUUUUUCCACAGGCAGUAUUUGGAUCUGUAUACCAAUCACAUGCUUCCAUCUAUUCGUAAUUAUGUGAAUGAAAACAGGAACUGUGAGGAUAUUGCAAUGUCCUUUCUAGUGGCGAAUGCAACUGGAGCUCCACCAGUAUGGGUUCAAGGAAGGAUAUUCGAGAUUGGAUCAAGCGGCAUUAGUAGUUUGAAAGGCCAUGAUUUGCAGAGAUCUAAAUGUCUCAAAACAUUUUCUGCCAUGUAUGGGCACAUGCCUCUAGUAGCCACCACUCUCAAAGCUGUUGAUAGCCGCACAAGCUGGUUCUGGUGAUAUGCAGUUUUGUCAUGUCAUACGGUUCUCUUUGGGCUUCCCUUAGGUUCUGCCAAUUUGCCUAGCCAAUAUUACCAGGCUAGUGUAACUAUGCGCAUAUUCAUCAACACCUAAUAGCGAUGAAUAACGAUUAUAUUGUAGAAACUGAUUUUUUGGAAGAGAUAUCGCACACCUGAAAGGCUGAAACUGAGUCUUGCUUGAUGCUAAGAGA